CUGCGCUCACUGAGCGUUGUAGGUCUUCUGACUACGCGGCUUCUGGAGGAAGAGCUUCAGCUCGUAGUGUUUGUAAUGCGUUUUGGCAUUUAUAUUUUCAACUUUUUCCAGCUCCCUUCGUCGAUAACGCUGGGAUCAGGAUUUACUAAACCUUCUUCGUGAGUUUGUAUGUCGCUGGGGGCUGUCUAGCACCAGGGAAUAUAACGUUUACUACUGCUUCAAAGUUGCAGGUUUGACUUGGUGCAGAUGGAGGAAGUCAGUGAGGCCUGCAGCCUGGAUGAUGACAUGGCGGAUGGAGACCUGGGUGAUGGGACGGAGGUCAGAACAGCACCAAGCUCCUCAAGGAAGAAGAGCCAAAGUUGUGUUGGUCUCACAGAGACGCCGCUGUCCAGAACAGAGCUGUUCAGGCACAGCAGCCAGGCAGGAGAGGCAGCCUGGAUCCCUGGACUGAAGACUACAGAGCCUCAACAGAGAGCCCACUGGAAGCUGCCACACUCUGCAGGCUCCCUGGUUGACCUUUCCAAAGACGAGCUGAAAGACAGACUACAGGAAGCAACUGGGGUGAUAGACGUGUUAUGUUGUGAGCUGGAGGUGGCACGUCGUUACCUUGAAGGCAAAUAUGAAGCUCUGAAGAUCUUACAGGGGAAGGCCAUUCUUGACAAAGCCACGAGUCACACUAAAAGUCUGCUGCAGAAAGCUGAGGCGAGGGGUAAAGAUCUGGAGAAGGAGGUGAAUAGUUUGCAAUGGGAACUCAGCUUCAGUCAGGUCCAGAUGAAGAAGUCUCAGCAAUCCUGGGAGCAGAAAUACACCAGAAUUCUGAGUGAGAACAAGACUUUGACUGACAACCUGGAGCGAAGAGAGAGUGAGAUCCAGCAGCUCCGGGCAGAAAAUUCAGCUCGUAGUCAGCAGUGCUUGGAGCUUCUGUCCAUGUUGAGUGUGAAGGAGCAGAGAGUUUACCAAGGAACCAAACCUCAGUACAGCCCAGAGAGAGACGCCAGUGUUCUGGAGCUGGCAGUUUUGGGGGCCUGCCGGUGUCCUGGUGCCUCUGAAGCUUGUCCAUGCAGUCGGACCGCUGCUGCCAGCAGAAAGCAGCUCGUCCACCUACAACAGGAGCUGGAUGCUCAGCGUUUGAGGAGAGAGGAGGCGUUGAUGGUUGCAGAUGCUUUUCGUAUUGCCUUUGAACAGCAGCUGAGGAAACGGAAUGAGCACUUCCUGCUGCUGGCUGAAGCCAACCUUCUAAAGCCCAGUCACUGCAAGGCUGAAGGUGCUAACAGGAGUCCUUUAAUCAACGUGAGCCAGAGGUUAAGAGGAUUACUGCCUUCCAAGAUGCCAGAUGAUCUAUUAGAGACUCUCUACAGACUGCUGGACUUGCUGAAUGACAAGGAGGAGGCCUUGGCCCACCAGAGGAAGGUGAGCAUCAUGUUGGCCCACAGUGCAGAGGAGCUGCAGAGACAGUUGCAUCUGGAUUCACAUUGCCAGCAAGCAGGCCCAUCAGAGAGCCAGAGCCAGCGUCAGCAAACAUCUGAUACAUCAGAGUCUAAUGUACAAGUUUCAUCAGAGUCCAACAUCCCAGCACAGCAUCAACUAGAGCUGCCAGAUCCCCAGCUUCAGCCUGGACAACCACCUGAGCCCAGGACUGAACCCCAAGAACUGUCAGAACCUGCACAGUCCAACAUCCAGCCUCUGUCUAACAACAAGAGCCACACGCCAGAAAUCCAAGAGUCCUGAUCCACCCACAGGAUCUACCGGACUCCAUGCCUCAAACUCAGACACAGCAGUUGGGUUUCAUUUGAAAAGCAUGUAGGAAGACAUUGAUGUAGCAUGUGUGAUGUCACCCAGGGGCUGUAUCUGAAGGACUGGUAUGAAAGCGUAUGAUUUGGCCUGACAACUCACUGUCCCAGCAGCUACUAGAGUCAAAACACACAAAUGUGUCCCUCAAAGAGGAAGGCUGUUAGAGCUGAGGUGCAGAUAACAGAUUGCCUGUGGCCAACACAUUUUUACUACUACAUUAAAAUAUGGAAAACCAUAUGAAGUUAUGCAUGUCCAUUAUCAGUUUCCCAAGCCUUGUGAAGAACUUCUAGGUGUUAUUAUUAUAUAAAUGGCUUAAUUUUAUAUAAUAAAAUUAAGCCAUUUCCUGUUUAAUCCUUAAACUCGAAAAACAUGUUUUGCUAGAAUAAUUUAGAUAAUAACUGUCAGCAGUGUCCAGGGUUUUUUCACUUUUGAAAAUCAGAAACAACAACCUGUGACAGUUUGACUAGUCAUUGAUCUCCUUCUCGCCUUAUCUAUCUUUCACCAAACACACAAGCGUUGUGGUUUCUCCUUAAUGUGGCCUCCACAGACUGACAUUUCCUCUGAAUCUUAACUACUUUUACUGAAACAAUCAUAGAGGAAUUACACAAUGCUGGACAUGUUGUGACUCCCUUGUUUUCAGACAGUCUAUAUGCACAUGUUGUGUUAUACCAUUUUAAUUAUUUUUCUGACAGACUUAUCAGCCUGUAUUUUUUUAAUGCAUGUAUUUUUUACUGGAAACAUUUUUUAAAAAAAGUUAUACCGUCUGUGUUCUGAAAUGCAGAUACAGAUUCUAGAAGUCUUUAAAUGGCACAUCAGGGAAAAGGCAAAUCCUUUUAUGCAUUUUUAUGAUAUUUUCAUAUCCAAGUUGUUGUGUAACUUAUUGGACAAAAGCAGAUUUUACAAACAGCUUCAAGAUGUAUACAAUCCUGCCAUUCGGAUUUUAAACAGCAAACUGAACUCACCAGUAUGUUGCAGAGAAACUAUAUAUGUUCAGUUUGAAUGAUUUCAAUAAAUGUGUAAA